AAGAUUUAAGCAGGUAUGUAGGCGUCAAACGUUUGACUCUGAAUGACACGGUCUGCAGCUGACCGUAUAAUUGUGCUGAAUUGCCCGGUGUUCCGUGAAACAAGUCCCAAUGCAGGAACCUGGAAGUUCUUUCUAUUCAAUGUGAUAAUGGCUGACCAACAGUUCUGCUUGCGAUGGAAUAAUCAUCAGAACACAUUAAUAUCUGUGUUUGAUACUCUACUUGAAGGAGAAAUUUUAGUUGACUGCACUCUGGCUGCAGAAGGAAAAUUUUUGAGGGCGCACAAAGUGGUUUUAUCAGCUUGCAGCCCAUUUUUUAGUGACUUGCUUCGGCAGCAUUAUGAGCAGCAUCCCAUACUUAUCAUGAAGGAUGUCAAGUUUGAGCAGUUGAAGGCAAUGUUAGAUUACAUGUACCGUGGGGAAGUAAAAAUUUCUCAAGAUCAGCUUGGAACUUUUCUCAAAGCAGCAGAAUCUUUGCAGAUCAAGGGUCUUUCUGAUAGCACCUCAAAUUGCGAGUCUCAACCGAAACAGAAAACAACUGGCGAGAGCAACACACUGCGCACUUUAUCAAAAGCAGAUGGUGAUCUUACUUCAUCUGUGAGCCGGAGCCCAACUAAUCGUCGGAAAAAACGUCGACAUCCUUCUGGGAGCUGUGAUGAUGUAGUGUCAGAAGAAAACUCAAAUGACCGACUAUGUGAAUCAAACACUCCACCUCCCACGAAAUUAUCAGUGGAAAGUAGAAUGUCCAAAGUUCCUUCUCCUACUGUUCCUCAGGACAAUGAUUCUGGUGCCGUGAAUGAAGCAACAAGGAAUGUCCCCUUCCAAAGUCUUCCUGUUUCAACCUCUGUGAUGUACAGUAAAGGUGGCCUUCCUCAGCAGCAACCAUCUUCACUUAUAGACACUUUAGUAUUUGAGCCCAAAUCUGAAUUCAUUGAGUUAGAUGAAGACGAAGAUAUGAACCAAGAUGAUAGUGUUGCUGAAGCAGGACCUUCUCACAGCCAAGAUGAUAGUGGAGGUUACAAUUGGCAUGUGGAUAGGCCCGAAGAUUCAUAUUUAUCUCAAGAAUCACCAAGUGGACCAAGAAAUGCACAGGGGAUGCAAGGAAUGAGGGACUGGCUGAGUAAUAGGAAUUCAAUGGAAAUUCCAGCAGCUCUCCAGAGAUGGGCCUGGUCCUCACUACAAACCCAACAACCCAUGUCUCAAAUGGGAUUUCAGCGAACUGGUUGGAGUGGGAGAAGAGGAGAAAGCCGCAAUCCAAGGAAGGAUCAUUUUCGUUGCCCUCAGUGUGGGAAAGUCUACACAUGGAAAUGCAGCUUGAGUCUUCAUCUUCGUCAAGAAUGUGGGAAAGAACCACAGUUUCAAUGCCCUCACUGUCCUCACCGCACUAAACAGAAAGGAAAUUUAGAGAAGCAUAUUUUUAGCAAACAUUCUGACAUAGCAAUGAUGCCUGCAACAUCAUUUGCUCUUCCAGAAAUGUCUGAAAUGCAGUUGCCGACCCAUAUUUUUAGUAAGCACAGUGAUGUAGCCAUGAUGCCUGUCACUUCAUCUGCUCUCCCUGAGAUGUCUGACAUGCAGAUGCCACAUCAUCCCCCUUCAGGCUGUUGAUUAGAAACUCUGCAGCAUGUUUAAGGUUUUGUUAAAAAUUAUUUGAGAGAGCAAAAUGUAUUAGCUGUUCUUAACUGGCAUCUGCUUACGUAUUGUGUAAUCUUGCAAAGCUAUAAUAAAGGGGGGCGGACAGGGAGUGCAGUUAUUUUAGAAUUUCUCCAUUGCGUCUUUUUUCUCUGGGAGUACAAUGUACUUUGUUUUGUAAGGUUACUGAGUAACAGUAAGGUGGUUGCUCUAUUUAAAGAUGUGUGCCUGAUAAUGUAAAUGGCACAUUAUUAAUGUAGUCAAUAACCAUUUGACAGGUUUCACCCCCCUUUAAGGAAGUACAGGUUAAAAAUCUUCCAUAGCAAAACUCUUUAUAUUUCUUGGAGCUUGUUGAUUGUAUUAUUCUUGUGCUAGGAAGCAAUGUAUCUUUCAACUCAUGUUCUUAAUCUGAGCUUUUUGUAAUCCUCUUUGUACCAAAUACUCUAUAGUCAUUCCACGGUUUGCCACUUCACUUUACAGGAAGUUGAGUUUUUCAAUUGGUAACAUGCUGUCAUUACCAAAGUUAAAGAAAAAUUUUAAAAAAGGAGAACCCGGGACCAGUUAAUUGAUAUCAGCCUGUGUUUUUUAAAAUGGUUUCCCUUUCCGGUUCUUUAAAACUUGCUUGUAGUUGUAUUUUCAUGAAUUUUGCUGCACACAAUUUUAACUAAACUGGAAUUUCAGUUUUUAAUUUUAAUCUCUUGGCUGGUGUACAAAAGAUACAAAUGCUUUGAUUUGUGAUGGCCUUUCAGUAUUAAACAAUUGCCAAAAAAUAAUUAUGUUGUGUCUUUAUUAAGGUUCUGUGGAAAGUUGAUUUCUUUUUACUCUAUUGCUGUUGCUUUAUACGAUCAUUGUAAAACUAAGAUAAGGCAAUGGGAUUUCUUUAUGUACUAGAAAAAGAGGGUUUAUGGUGAGUGUGUUUUAUCUUUUAGUCUGUGUGUAUUAUGUUUUGACAUAUGUGUUGCCUUUUUAUUCAGAUUGAUGUUCUUAGAUUUCAACUUCCUGAACUUAAUCAUUUAUAUUCUAGUUAAGAAUUUUAAUUUCUUUUGUAUGAAAUAAUAAUAAACAACUUUAUGUUGCAACUCUUUUUUUUCUUUUCUCUGUGUUCUCAUGUGCUCUAACUCUGGUGUUCAUUGUUUUCUUGUUGGUUGCAUGUUUCCCUUUACUCUCUAUCUCCUUGACUACAAUGUCUGGAUCAUCUUUUGUUGGGCUGGAGUCAGUUGUUAUGCUCUAAUUUGGUUAAUGCAUAAGUAUCUCAGUGUUUCCCUCCGGACAGUCUGGUCAUUGCAUCCUGUGGACUUGGCAUGCACACAACUUCUGAUGUCUGAUUGCAGGAUUUAUUAACGUCUCUGUCAGGCUGCUAAUUCC